UAGCAACAAUGUUCGACGGCUACGAUUCGAGUCUUCGUACUCGCUAUGGGAGUUACGAAUACACUGUUAUGCCGUUCGGGUUAACGAAAACCCCCUCGACGUUUCAGCUAACGAUGAAUGGGGUAUUCCGAGAUCUACUCGAUAAAUGUGUUAUCAUUUAUCUGGAUGAUAUCCUGAUUUACGGCACAACACGGGAGCAGCACUUAAAGGACCUGGAAGCGGUUUUAUAGCGCCUGCAGCAGAAUCAUCUCAUCACC